GUCAGGUGACAGCCCGGAAGCUGCGGAAGCGGAUGAGGGAAGAGCGGCGGUGGCCCUGGGGGCUGCGGGGAGCUUCUUUGCCUCCUCCACGCUCCCUCUGCGGCCCUCAUGCGGCGCUCUCGCUGACACCUGGAGUGCGCCUCUCUCCGCCGUCCGUCAGGCCCGCCGCCCUCGGUGGUUGAAGUCGUCGUCGUGUGGGCCCGCGGCGGCCGCCCAUGGAGAAGGCCGGGCGGGUCGGCGAUGGCGGCCCCCGGGGGCCGGUCCUGCACAUCGUGGUGGUCGGCUUUCAUCACAAGAAAGGCUGCCAGGUUGAAUUCUCUUACCCACCCCUGAUUCCAGGAGAUGGACAUGACAGCCACACUUUACCAGAAGAGUGGAAGUAUUUGCCCUUCCUUGCCUUACCAGAUGGCGCACACAACUACCAGGAAGAUACUGUGUUUUUUCACUUGCCACCCAGAAAUGGAAAUGGAGCCACAGUAUAUGGCAUCUCAUGCUAUCGACAAAUUGAAGCUAAGGCUUUGAAAGUAAGGCAAGCAGAUAUCACCAGAGAAACUGUUCAGAAAAGUGUCUGUGUUCUAAGCAAGCUGCCUCUCUAUGGCUUACUCCAAGCAAAACUUCAACUUAUUACACAUGCAUAUUUUGAAGAGAAGGAUUUUUCCCAAAUUUCAAUUCUAAAGGAACUUUAUGAACAUAUGAAUAGUUCCUUGGGGGGAACUUCUUUAGAAGGAUCCCAAGUAUAUCUUGGUCUGUCUCCUCGAGAUCUUGUCCUUCACUUUCGACACAAGGUCUUAAUCCUAUUUAAACUAAUUCUUCUUGAAAAAAAGGUUCUUUUUUAUAUCUCUCCGGUGAAUAAAUUGGUGGGUGCACUGAUGACUGUGUUAUCCCUUUUUCCAGGCAUGAUUGAACAUGGCCUCGGUGACUGUUCUCAGUACAGGCCCCGAAAGAGUAUGUCUGAAGAUGGUGGGCUUCAGGAAAAUAAUCCACCUGCAUAUGAGUUUGUUUCUGCAUCUGCUUCUGACACUUCAAAUACCAACUUGGGAACUGUCAAGAAAAUUCUGUCAGGAAACCAUGGAGGAGAUUCUACCAUCAAGACCAAAGAGCCUUUGUUCCAAGUAGAUAACAGCAGCAAAGGGCAGGAACCCAACAACAGCAAUCAAUAUUUGAAACCUCCAUCUCGCCCAUCUCCAGAAUCUUCAGAAAGCGACUGGGAGACCUUGGAUCCUAGUGUCUUAGAGGACCCUAACUUGAAAGAACAGGAACAGCUAGGGUCAGACCAGACAAACUUAUUUCCAAAGGACUCUGUUCCCUCAGAGAGUCCUCCAAUUACUGUACAACCUCAAGCUAACACAGGACAGGUGGUCCUGAUACCAGGGCUUAUUUCGGGUUUGGAAGAGGACCAGUACGGCAUGCCCCUGGCCAUCUUCACAAAGGGAUAUCUGUGUUUGCCCUACAUGGCACUGCAGCAGCAUCAUCUUCUCUCUGAUGUCACUGUCCGGGGAUUUGUUGCUGGAGCUACUAACAUCCUUUUUCGACAACAGAAACACCUCAGUGAUGCUAUUGUGGAAGUACGUUUAUGUGUAGAAGAAGCUCUGAUCCAGAUCCAUGAUCCAGAACUCAGGAAGCUGCUUAACCCAACUACUGCAGACCUAAGGUUCGCAGAUUACCUAGUGAGGCACGUGACUGAGAACCGGGAUGACGUCUUCCUGGAUGGCACGGGCUGGGAGGGAGGUGAUGAAUGGAUCCGAGCCCAGUUUGCAGUCUACAUCCAUGCCCUGCUUGCUGCCACACUGCAGUUAGAUAAUGAAAAGAUAUUAUCGGACUAUGGGACAACUUUUGUUACAGCAUGGAAGAAUACUCACAACUACAGGGUGUGGAACAGCAACAAGCAUCCAGCACUUGCAGAAAUAAAUCCAAACCAUCCAUUUCAAGGCCAGUACUCAGUAUCAGACAUGAAGUUAAGAUUCUCACAUUCUGUUCAGAACAGUGAACGUGGCAAAAAAAUUGGAAACGUCAUGGUCACAACCAGCCGGAAUGUUGUACAAACAGGAAAAGCUGUUGGCCAGUCAGUUGGGGGAGCCUUUUCCAGUGCAAAGACAGCUAUGUCUUCAUGGCUUUCUACUUUCACCACUUCCACUCCGCAGAGUCUCACCGAGCCCCCUGAUGGGAAGCCUUGAGCCAGGCGUCAGAGGCUGCUGUUGCUUUCUUCCAUUUAGUGUCCCCUAUCUGUCUGCUGCUCCCAGACUGUUCUUCACCACCGCAGGUCCACAGCAGGGGACCAUAUGUCAAACUGUUUACAUGGACGGUUGCCCUCUGUCUAAAUGAAUGUCACAGGAUGCUGAAAAGAUGAAAUCACAACCAUAGCAGGGAUAGCUUUCCAGGUUGCGGUUUAAAUUGACUACUUUUAUUACAGUCUGAGCCUGAUUAAAACACACAGUAAACCUUC